AUGUAUCAAAACGUCUGCCGUGCCGACGAUCGACCUCGUUCUGUCGCCAUUUGCCCCCACCGCGAAUGCGUCGCCUUCGGUUGUGCAUCCGCGAUUGGUCUUUUCUGGUUCGACGAUACUACAGGGCAAACCUUCUCGCGCAGUUUCCCGCUGUCUACGCCUGGCGACUUUCUUUACUUCUUACCACCUCGACCCGUUGUCGACACGACAAACAAGCUUCGGCUUCUUAGCUCUGCCGCUUCACUCAAUCCCGAGUCAUUUCUAUCGCAUGAGAUUCUCGGUGCCUUUGCACAGCCUGUGGGAGGCCAUCUUCAACAAAUCCCAGCGGUAAUCUCACGCCUCGAGACUUCUGCUGGCGGGACUGGGCCAGAGAUUUCCAGCGUCUACACGCUCAUAGAAGAGCCGACUGCCUUUGCGAAUCGGCUUUCGGCGCAUCAUGAGUGGGUUAGAGGUUCGAACAUACCACUCAGGUCAGCCUCUGCGACAUCUUCCGAAAACUACCGAGCCGUUCCUCUCGGUGACGGCUAUCACAUUAUCUUCAAUGAUCCCCAAACAGGGCAUCUUUGCCUCGGCAAGGAUGCGCCCAUGGGCCCCAUGUCUCGUCUCCAGCGAAAAGUUCAAUUUCGAGCACCCGCAACAGCCAGUUCAACUGCACCCACUGCAUUUGCUGUGGGAAAAGAUUUGAGAGAUGGCGUCCGCGUCGUCGCCGUGUUCCCAACUACAACAUGGGUCGAAGGAGUUGGUUUUGAGUUCUGGAGGCAGCUUCUAGUCUUCUACACUAUACCGCCAGAUAUGUUCCAGGACAUAUCCUUCUUCGAAAGUUUUGAAGAAUUAGACCGACCUGUGGCAGACUGGAUCUGGUGGUGGCAGCCGGUGAACACUCUUCGAGCGUUUGCAGCGGCUCACAACAGCGGACAUCCGAGCCUUGACUUUCUUAUCGGUCCUUCGUAUCCCCUCGACGUUCACUGCCAAGUCAUUGCGGCAUGUUCCGGUGUCACUGAGCUUUCCUUGGAUGUCGACCUCGACAUCAUCAUCUGGGCCUUCAGCACCGCAGGUUGGGGACGCUGCUGGGCUCUCGACACUGGCAAGGCGGUACCGAUAGUUCAAUCCGCAAUUCAGAUGGACGGCAGUCUGCGCCCGAUGGACCUUGAAGGAGACCUGAUGAUGCCGGACGCUGAGGAUGACAGUCUACGCGCGAUAGACUUUGAGGGAGACACGCUGAUGCCAGACGCCGAGGAUUUUUUUUAA